AUGGCCCCUGGAGACCUGGCGGUGGGAGCCAUCUUCUCCAUACAGAUGUUUGCCGGAAUUCUGGGCAAUUUCUACCUGCUGUACCACUAUCUCUCCUUUUCCUUGACGGAAACCAGGUUGAGAGCCACAGAUCUGAUCCUCAAGCACAUGACAAGUGCCAACCUCUUAGUCCUUCUCUCUAAAGGGAUCCCCCAAACCAUGGCUGCUUUGGGGUUAACAGAUUUCCUCAGUGCUUUUGGCUGCAAACUUGUUUUCUGUGCUCACAGGGUGGGCCGGGGAGUGUCCAUGGGCACCACCUGCCUCCUGAGCGUCUUCCAGGCCAUCACCGUCAGCCCCCGGGGCUCCAGGUGGGCGAGGCUGAAGGACAAAGCUCCCAGGUACCUGGGCACCACCAGCAUCCUCUGCUGGGUCCUAAAUAUGACACUCAAUCUCAUAGUCCCUGUGUACGUGACUGAUAGAUGGGGUGUCACAAACGUCACAAAGAGAAGAGAUUAUGGCUACUGUUAUGCGGCCAUUCAUGACAAAAUCAUAGAGUCGCUGUAUUUAAUUCUGGCAUCGGCCCAUGACAUCCUGUGUGUGGGGCUCAUGGCCUGGGCCAGCGGCUCCCUGGUCUGCACCCUGUACCGGCACAGGCAGCGUGUCCGGCACCUGCACAGCUCCAGGGCCGCCCCCAGGCGCCCCCCUGAGACCAGGGCCACCCGGAGCAUCCUGAUCCUGGUGAGCACGUUCACAUCGCUGUGCGCUGUCUCUUCUGCCUUUCAGAUCUGUCUGACUGUUUUAAAUAAUCCCAGCACGUGGCUGGUGGUCGCCUCUGCACUGAUGGCAGCCUGCUUCCCUACCGUCAGCCCCUACAUCCUCAUGGGCCAUGACUCCAGGGUUCCGGUGUUCUGCUUUCCAAAAAUAUCAACAUGA